AGCAAAGAGCAAAAGAGAGAGAGAGAGAGAGAAAUGGAGGAGCAGGAGCAGGAAGAAGGAGUCAUUAUGGUGGAGCUGGAAAGGUUUCUGAAGUGGGCAGCAGACCUUGGAAUUUCAGACUCCACCAAUGAUGAUUUUGAUGCCCACACUGACACUCGUUCUUGUGGCUGUUUGGGCCAUUCUCUGUCCCUCUCUUAUUUUCCUCAAGCAGGAGGUCGAGGUUUGGGUGCUUCGCGUGAUCUUAGAAAAGGAGAACUCAUUCUCAGAGUUCCCAAAUCUGCUUUCAUGACCAAAGAUACCCUUUUCAACAAACUCUCUCUUCCUCUCCAAAAACUCAACACUCACGCUUCUUCUCUCUCCUCCACUCAGAUAUUCACUGUCUGCUUAUUACACGAAAUGGGUAAAGGAAAGAGUUCAUGGUGGCACCCUUAUCUCAUCCACAUGCCUCGCUCUUAUGAUCUUUUAUCAACAUUUUGUGAAUUCCACGUGAAAGCUCUGCAAGUUGAUGAUGCUAUCUGGGCUGCUGAAAAGGCCAUAUCAAAGGCUAAAUCCGAGUGGCAACAAGCUAAUCAACUCAUGGAACUACUUCAGCUUAAGCCUCAAUUUCUAACUUUCAAGGCAUGGCUUUGGGCUGCUGCAACUAUAUCCUCACGGACGUUGCAUAUACCAUGGGAUCAAGCUGGAUGUUUAUGUCCUGUGGGAGACUUAUUUAAUUAUGCUGCACCAGGAGAGGAGACAUUGGAUUCUGAAGAUGUAGACAGUUGGAUGUGUGCCUCAUCCUUUCAGGUCGCUUCUCUGUCAAAUGGCGACUGUACACAUAAGUCGGAUGUGGUGCAAUUCGAUCCUCAUUUUCAGAGGUUAAUUGAUGGUGGGUUCGAGGAGGAUGUUGCUGCAUAUUGCUUCUAUGCUCGGCAAGAUUAUAAAAAAGGAGAGCAGGUUCUUUUAUGCUAUGGGACAUACACAAAUUUAGAGCUGCUUGAACAUUAUGGGUUUAUUCUAAAUGAAAAUCCAAAUGACAAAGUGUUUAUUCCCUUGGAACCUGAAAUUUAUUCUUCCAGUUCAUGGCCAAAGGAGUCCCUAUAUAUUCAUCAAAAUGGAAAGCCAUCUUUCUCCUUCUUGUCUGCUUUGCGAUUAUGGGCAACCCCACCAAAUAAGCGGAGAUCUCUUGGACACCUUGCUUAUUCAGGCUCUCAACUCUCAGUAGACAAUGAGAUAGUUGUCAUGAAGUGGACAGCAAAGAAAUGCAAUACCAUUUUGAAGAAUUUGCCAACAUCAAUUAAAGAAGACAGUUUGCUACUAAGUGCUAUCAAUGAGAUCCAAGAUCUCGAUACUCUUUUGGAGCUUGGCAAGGAGUUUUCCACUUCUAGAGACGAGAUUCAGGCAUUCAUAAAAGCCAAUAAUUUGCAAAAUGUAGAAACUGGUAGUAACUUACUUUUGUCCAGGAAAACAAGAAGGUCUAUGGACAGAUGGAAUUUGGCUAUCCAGUGGAGGCUCAGAUACAAGAAAAUACUUCUUGAUUGUAUUUCUUAUUGCAGUGAAAUCAUUGAUUCUCUCUCGCCGAAAAAUAUUUCUACCUUGAGAAUUGAACAAGGCUGAGUUUGAUGCUCUCUCUCUCUCUCUGGAUAUCAAUGAACUUUAAUGGCUUGGAAGAGUAACCAUAAUAUGCCCA